AUUACUUCUACGUGUACAGUAUUCUUGGUCUUUGUAUUUCAAUAAUGUAGGAGUAAUUUUUUUGUUACUCCGACAGCAAGAAUUUAUCAUUUUCACUCACUUCCAUGAUAAUUGAUCAUUAUCGCAUGGCAGAUAAAAAAAAAUCUAUAAAGCGUCACACAAAUGAUAACAGUUAUUAAAACUCGUGCACUAACGUUCCAAAAAUUUCAAACUUUGGGGAAAAUUUACUUUUCUUCUGUAUUAGUAAUACUUGGAUUAGUCUUCGGAAUAUUACUGUCCGCUUCGACAAUGGCCGAAAUCGCUUCCGAAUUGCAAGUGUUGCAAGGCAACAACCAGUUUACCAGCAAGAUGUACAAACUCUUGUCCCAGAAAAAGGGAAACAUCAUUUUUUCGCCUAUUAGUAUGCACGCUGUGCUUUCUAUGGCCUACCAAGGGGCGCAAGGAUCCACUGCUGAACAUUUCGCUUCAACACUUCAAGUUCCUGAAGCCAAAAUAGCUGCAGAAGGAUACAGUGAAGUCAUGAAGCGGCUUAACUCCGUCCAAAACGUGACUUUGCUAAUGGCUAAUAAAGUUUUCCUGAAGAAUGGGUUCACAUUACUCACUGACUUUGAAACUGCAGUCACUAAAAGUUUCCAGUCUGAAGUCCAAUUGGUUGAUUUUGCCCAAAAUGAAGCCGCUGCUAAGACCAUAAAUGAUUGGGUUGAGGUGCAAACACGUGAAAAAAUCAAGGAUUUAAUCAAAAAAGAUGACUUGAACGAAUUAACGCGUCUUGUGCUCGUGAAUGCGAUUUAUUUCAAAGGGAACUGGAAGCACAAAUUUCGUAAAGAAGAAACAAGGACUGAACCGUUUUAUUUGAAUGAUGUGGAUAAGGUUGAAGUGCAAAUGAUGCACACGAAGAAUAAGUUUAAUUAUAAAAACGACGAAGCUUUAGAUGCGCAAAUCCUUGAAAUGCCUUACACGAAUGAAAAUCUAAGCAUGGUUAUUAUUCUGCCAAAUCAGAGGAACGGAAUCGGUGAACUUGAAAAGAAGUUAGAGAAUUACAAUUUGUCUGAAAUCACCACAAAUAUGUGGAAUACUGAAGUCAAUGUGGCUUUACCGAAAUUUAAAAUUGAACAGACGAUUGAUUUAGAAGAAGCUUUAAAAAAGUUGGGACUUGGCGAAAUCUUUGACCAAGAUAAAGCUAACUUUAGAGGCAUGAUUGAAUUAAAACCAAAUGAAAACUUGUAUGUUAGCAAAGUCAUUCAAAAGGCAUUUAUUGAAGUCAAUGAGGAAGGAGCCGAAGCUGCUGCAGCUACUGGUGUUGUAAUAAAGAAGAAAAAGAAGAAGCUUGUUAAUCCAACGUUUUUUGAAGCCGACCAUCCACUAAUUUAUUUACUGCUGGACAAGCGAAACAAUGUUAUGUUUUCAGGCCGACUUACAAAUCCUAAUGUUUAAUUCAAUGGAGUGUUAUACUAAAAAAUGAAAAUUUUUAAAUGGAUAGCCAACAACAAAAUAGGCGACCCAUAUUUUUUUAUUUUAACCAAAGCUUUACCGUUUUUGAGAAAAAUAAUUGAAAAGGUGAAAAUUCAUGGCCUGACGUCAGCAAUGUUCCUUUUUGAAUCAGCCAGUCACAGAACUUGAGAUAGAAAACUUGCCAACAAAGAUAGCUUGAGAAACGUACGUCUUUUCUUUAUUUCUGCCUCUAUUGUUUUACAUACGACUUCAGAUGUGCGGCAGGAGCAGUCAUUUUACCAAAACACAAACUCCUGCAAAAUAUUAGCACACAACACAGUUACAAUCGACAACUCACAGUUUUGACAUUUGUAUUUGAUGUUUACCAGCCUAAACGUAGGUCGUAGCGUUAAUUGUAUGCAGCCAUAGACUGACGAAUCAUUAGUCGAGACAUUGCUUACGUCACAGCGCAAAUUUUCUAUUGUUACUAAAAAAGUACCGAUUUAAAAAAACUCAGACCGAUAUUACUAGACAUCGUUUUGUGUCUUCUUUCAGAAUCUGCAAUUUCCAAAAACUUUUACUUUUGAGUAUAACACUCCAUUGGAAUACUACAGAUUACUAAAUACCCAAAGCGACACGACGUAAAAUAAAACGUCCCCAAUCUCGUUAGUUCCAAAAGCGUCGCCAGAUAGCGCAGUUCUUUUCUUGUCUAAUUAGUUUUAAGAGUAUUGAAGUAAAAACUAGAUGGACACAAGACAAACGAAAAAAUACCGUCUUUUGGAGACCCCGAAAAGAUAUUUUAUGAUAAAUGAAGUUCAUUAAUGCUAAGAAAAAUACCGCUCUCAUUUAUCUAUCUAGUAUUCAAAAAUAAACACAAUUAAUUUAUUUUUCGGGAAGAUUUUAAUCAGUGCCAUCUCGUGGUGAAAAUAGUGAACGCAAAAAUCCUCUUCGGCCAAAAAGUUUUGUUUUGUUCAGUUUUAUUACAGCUCUCAGCUUUGCUUUGAGCUUUGAUAUUAAAACUUUACCCUGUAGAAAUAAAUCCAGGGUGAUUCAAAAGUGCCGGACAAACUCUCGUUUGGUGAUAAAAGACGUUCAGAUAAACACAAAAAUUAUGUCAGAUUUUUUUUCAAGCAACUUUUUUAUACUCAUAUAUUUUUUAUUUCUUUUCCUUAGCAACGGUAUCAAUUGUUGCUUUUUUUCCUAUGAUGUCGAAUUUAAUUUAUUGCCGAAUUUACAAGUUUUUUAAUUGUUUUAUUUAUCAUUAGAUAUUAAUUGUUUUUUUUUCAACAGGUAUUUGUUUAAUGUUGCAAGAGCAGUCGUUCUCGCUAGCUAAAGUCAAAAAAAAAUAUUAUUUGAGGCAUCAAAACAUUAACUUAAAAAUGUAACUUUGAAGAGCUAUAUCUCGUGAAAAAAGGCUCAAACAAGUUUUUGUCGUAGGAACUUUUAAUUGAGCUUGAUAUCUUUUAUCAGCUCCCGAGAGAUUAUAUGGUACUUUUGAAUCACCCUGUAUACCUAACGCUCCAGUAAUGUUUAAUGUAUCUAAUAGCUGUUUCAAUUAUAAAUUAUUCAUGCACUUCAAUAGCUAAUGUAAUUUAUACUUUCAACGAGAGAUCUAAUCAUUAAUAAGUAUUUAACAAAUUUAUCAAGCUUAUAAAAAAUAAUUCAGUAAAAUGCGACGUUGACGUUUUUAUAGUUUUGAAACAGCUAAUAAAUAACUAUUAAUUUUCUACAACGUUCCACCACACUAAUAUUUUUUUUUUUGGUACAAAGAAACGAAUUAUUUUUUUAUCUCGUGUCGCCUCCCAGUAUUUAAUUCUGUGGACUCACCCAAUAGCUAAUAGCUUGUUAAGAAAUAAUAACUUACUGUAACUUCACCAAAAAAAUCCAAGAUAUUUAUUUCCGUUCACUGUGGUAACGAAACUGAUAAUAUGUAACAGAAAACACAUAGAAAAAUUGAUUUGGUUUAUACAAAUGAUAAACAAUGUUCUUGUAUUUAUUGAUCCUUUUUGACUUAUUGUACAUACUGCAGUAUACUUGUUUUCAUAUUUGUGGAUUUCAGGAUUUUUGUAAAUGGUCUGACAACACAUUUGGUUAGAUUUUUUUUUCAAUAAUUAAUUUUGUUAUUUUGAAAGAAAUCAUUCUUGACCAUUAAUUUUUUAUUGCUGACUCCGUUUUCUAUUAUACGUACAUAUUGAAUCAAAAGUAACGCACAAAAUGUAUAUCUUUUUAUUAUUAGUCAUUUAUCAAAAAAUCCCCGAACAAGUCGAUUUUAUUUUUUUGAAUGCUACAGUUUGACAUCAAAGUAAUAUUUAUGAUGUCAUUCGGAUUUCAGUUAUGACUUCAUUCUAAUUUUUUUUAAUGACAACCGAUACAUUUUUGUUUAUGUUAAUUUAAAAAAAAAUUAAAUUAAAGAUUAAUAAAAUAAUUUAACAAAAUAAAAAUAUAUUGACAAGUAAACAUAAUGAGUUUUUUGUUCUUGACUUAUUUUAAAGGUGGUACUUGUUUUUUAUACUUUUUAUAUAAUUAGCAUGAAAACACAGCUAAACACAAAAAUUUAACAAAAAACAAUCACUAAUAAUUUAAAGCAAGAAUGAAAAGGUAAAGCUUUUUGUGUAAUUCUCUCAAUAACUUUUGUAUUUUAUUUUUUGAUUUUAUUUGCGUUAGGUAUUUUUUGAAUUUUUUAUACUUACUAGAAAGAUCAUAAUGUGUACUAUUUAAAACACUACUCAAAAUUUUGAGUUGUAAAAAAAAUUAAAAUGACGUCAUUACUCAGAAGCUAAAGACGUCCGAAAUGUCAUUAUGGUGUCAAUAUGUUGCAUUAAAAACAUAAAUCAAAGCUUUUUUUAAAGACUCAUUAUAAAGAUAUGAAUUUUUUGCGUUAGUUUUGAUUUAGUUUGUAUAACUAAAAAGGGGGUCCAUCUACUAUUACUUGUAGGCAAAGUGGUUUACAAAACGCAUAAAAUAUUUAAGAUGAUACGAGUAUUGUUAUUAAUACGAGUAUAAAGUCUGUGUUUAUUUCUUUAAUACUUCGUUUGUAAUAAAUGUCUUACUUUGAA